AUGCCUUCCCUGCCCGGGCCAUUCCAUGGGAGACACGCUGGAUCCCCAGCCUGGGAUGCAGUGUGGAAGCAUAUCGCCUGCUCGCUGUCCAAGGUGACCUGUCGUCUCAUGGGGUUGGCCUACGAGCCUCUGGAAACCCGGCAGCUCCCUUACCACCUGAUGUGGGCCCCAACUCUGGGCAACAGGGCCAAGUGGAGGGGGCACAGUGCGGACGAGUCGGGAGCCGGGCCUCCCCCACCCCUGCGCUCGCGAUUGGCUCGGGGAGAAGGAUGGGCUGCCGCGGCUGCAGCACCAUCUCUCUGGGAGCCGCACGGGGCGCACCGUACCCGGGAGCCGCGACCCUGCGCCCACGGCCGCCGUCGCCAGCCCGGCCCGAGGGGCUCCGCGGUGAGUCCCACUCAGCCCGCCCGGCCCCCCGCAAACUUGCCGGCGGCCGUGGUGGGGGUGUGCCCGCGGCGAGGGGAAGCCAUGGUGCCGGCGCCGCGUGGCUCCAGCUGGGGGUGCUUCGGAGUUUUCUCUUGGCUCGUGGCAUCGUCCGCAUUUGGAAAACUGCAGAGCCAGCAGACAGCAGGGCCGGGAGGGCGCGUCCAACCGCGAUGCGAGAACUUUGACAUGCGGGCGUUUUGCAAGGAAGCGGUGCCUGCAGUCACUGCCGGGGUGCACGAGGGUCGAGGUGCUGCGGUGGGGGCCGCGGGGUCUGAGGGGAAGGCGUGA